UUCGUCAUAAUUAGCACAGCAUAAUUAAGGAAGGCCAAAGGUCUACUACCCAAACCCUCCGCCUCCGCCUCUUCCGGCAGCGGCCAUGGCCCCGACUCGCCGCAACCCGUCCUCCUCCUCCUCCUCCUCUGAGGAAGAAGACACCUCCUCCGGUGACGAACAAGUGGAGAAGCACUCCACCAAGAACCCUCCAACCCCGGCGCCGGCGCACCAAGAAAGAGACGGCUCCGACGAGGAGGAUGACGACGGAAGCGAGGAGGUUGGAUCGUCCGAUGAGCUGGGGGAGAAUGGGGUGCCCAUCAAGCGUCAUCCCCCGCUGCUGCCGCCACCUCCUCAAGGAGGGGAGAGCUCCGACGACGACGAGGAAGAAGUGGAGCAGCGCUCCAUCAAGAAUCAACCGACGGCGCCGGUGUGCCAGGAGGAUGACAGCGGCGAUGCGGUCGAAUCGUCCGAAGAGAUUGGGGGGAAUGAGAUGCUGCCGCAAGGUAAGGGCUCCGACGAUGAGGAUGAGGAAGAAGAGUCCAAGUCCGACGAGGCGCCGCUGGUACCAGCGCCCCUGCCCAAGGGGAAUGUGCCAUCGCCCGAACCCGCCGAGACGUCUCAGUUGAAGAGGAAGGCGGCGGCGACCGAGCCCGCCGAGUCGCCCCCUCCGAAGAAGAAGGCGCCACCGGCUGAGCUCGCCAAGUCGCCCGCAGCUAAGAGGAAGGCGCCGGUGGCCGAGCUCGCCAAGUCUCCCUCGCCGAAGAAGGCUGCGGCUGCAGCAUCGACGGAGGUUGUCAAGUUGCCCCCGCCGAAGACGGCUGCGGCUGCGGCGACGACGGAGGCCGCCAAGUCGCAUCGUCCUAAGGGACCGGAAGACGCGGCAACGGAGGUUGCCAAGUCGAGGAAGGCUGCUGACCCUGCCGGAGCGGAGGAGGACCCUGGCCAGGAGGUCGAGUACAAUGCGGAGAAGCACUUGGAGGAGAAGAGCGCGACGCACUGGUUCCUCUGGAAGGAGGUGCAGGCUUUGGAGGCAGAGUAUUCCGGCAUGUGCUUCACGGGGGCCUUCCUCAAGGUCGCUGAUGCCAAGGCCAGCAUGUUGAAUACCAAGAUCAAGAAGCAGAUGGUGACCGAGAUCAACCAGUGGAUGCGGCGGAGGGACAUCCAGAAGGAGGUAGCCAAGGUGCUGACCAGCUUGAUCUAGCGAUCGCAGGCUUGGAGCAAGCUGCAAAAUCAUGCGAUGUUUUGGUGUCGAAGAUGUCAGAAAGAUUGCACUUGGUUCUUUUGUGUUGAUUCUGCUUAGUAUGUGAACUGUAUGGUACCGAUGCCUCGGUGCUCCUCAUUUUGGUCAAGUCUGGACAUGCCUGGACAGCUGAUGUAAAGCUCUGAUGAUUCUGGGUCUCGUAAUACUAGGCCCGAAACCCAUAUUUAUAGAUAGUAAUAGUGUAUAUUUUGCUGGACCGCCUGCCAAAAAUGUUACCUAGUGCUCAUGUAGAACUGAUGGCAGAUCUAAGUGAUUUCUAUCACCUGCUAAUUCUGCUGUUUAAGAGACAUGAAUCAAAGCAUUUUCUGAUUCUUAUGGA